GGCCUACGUUCAAUUUCCCAUAGCCACAGCCACGUGAUAUUCAUAUGCCUGUCCUCGGCGCCAGGCCGUCGUCUCAUCUGCUUCCUUAAAUUUUCUCAUAACCACACCGCUCCGGCUGUUUCUCCCCUGUUCCUUCCCUUCCCGGAAAUAAAAUUUCCCCUUCCUUCAAAGCCCUAACCACUUCCUCAAUUCACACCCUCCUCCCCAUUUCUUGUUUCACAGCCACUUUCUUCCUCUAGGUCUACUAUGGCAGGAGUUCUCAGAGAAAGAGCACUCUCUCUCCUCGCCGCCGCUAACAACCACGGCGAUUUAACGGUGAAAAUUUCAUCUUUGAACCAGGUUAAGGAUAUCAUACUGGCCAUCGAGCCUUCUUUCGCAGCAGAGCUUUACUCCUACCUGGUUGAGCUUCAGUCCUCCCCCGAGAGCUCACUACGUAAAUUGUUAAUUGAGGUGAUUGAAGACAUUGGAUUAAGAGCCAUGGAACAUUCUCCUCUGUUAAUGUCGGUUUUGUUGGCAUCUCUAAAGGAUGGAGAAUCAAUCGUAGCAGGACAAUCAAUUAUUAGUGGCCAAAAAUUAUUUUGUGGUACUUUAAGAGAGAUGGCAUUACAGUUGCAUCGGCGAGGUAAAGUUGAAAGAUGGCUGGAAGAACUGUGGAUGAGAAUGUUGAAGUUUAAAGAUGAGGUUUUAGCAAUUGCUUUAGAGCCUGGAUCUGUUGGGAAGAGGUUGCUGGCUCUGAAAUUUUUGGAAACAUAUGUUCUACUAUUUACAUCUGAUACAAAUGAUCCACAAAAAGCUAUCUCAGAAGGAAAUAGGGAUGUUUUUAACAUUUCAUGGCUAGCUGGUGGAUUUCCUAUUUUGGAUCCAGUUGGGCUAAUGUCGGAAGCUAAUAGGAUGCUUGGUAUUCUGUUGAAUUUGUUGCAAACCAGUUCUGUUCCUGGUACAUACACAGUAACAGUUGUCAGUAGUUUAGCAACUAUAGCAAGGAAAAGACCAGUUCAUUAUGGCAACAUUCUAUCGGCACUGCUGGACUUUGUUCCGAGUUUUGAGAUGAUAAAAGGGCGUCAUGCUGCCAGCAUUCAGUAUUCUAUAAGAUCUGCCCUUUUGGGAUUCCUAAGGUGCAUGCAUCCAGCUUUUGUAGAGCUUGGUUUUCAGUCAAGAGAUAGAUUGCUAAAGGCUUUAAGAGGUAUAAAUGCCGGAGAUGCUGCGGAUCAAGUGAUCAGGCAAGUGGACAAGAUGGUGAAAGCUGCUGAUCGAGCUGCACGUGAUGCUUGGCUGGGCAAGGAUGACCAAUCAUCAAAUCAGCUUAAUGCAUCAGCGGAUCUGACAAGAAAAAGAUCCAGGGUUCUGGAUGAUGAAGAACUUUCCAAUGGCCGUGAGGUUUCCAAGCAAUUUCGGUUUGGUCCAGAUGUUCACCCAAUUUCCACAGCUCAAAAAGAUGGUUCUCUUCAGAAUGCCAUCUCUAAUGGAACAUCCCAUGAUGUUUCUAAAUUAGAUGUUGAAUUGACUCCUGCAGAGCAGAUGAUUGCAAUGAUUGGCGCCUUACUUGCUGAAGGGGAGCGAGGUGCAGAGUCACUUGGAAUUCUGAUUUCAAAUAUUCAUCCUGACUUGUUGGCUGAUAUUGUCAUAACUAACAUGAAGAACUUGCCCAAAGCAUCACCUCCUUUGACUUGGCCUGGAGACUUGCCUGUAACUCGUCAAGGAAGUAGUCAUGUGCAAGUUCUGGCACCAUCAGCCCCAUUGAGUUCGGUGCAAACUUCAGUUACUCCUGCACAAGUUCCUUCUUCUUUGGCUACCUCAGCUGGUUCAACUUUUGCUGAGUCUACUGUCAAUAGUCUCCCUAUUGAUUCUAAACGUGAUCCCAGAAGGGAUCCCCGCCGCCUUGAUCCUCGUCGUGGAGGAGUAUCUUCUGCUUCUAGUAUGGACGAGGCAACUUCAAAUACAUCUGAUGUUGAUGGCUCCAUAUCCUUGGGAAAAUCUGCUUCGGUUCCUGUUUCUGUGACAAUUGAGAAUUCUUCAGUAUCUCUUAUAUCAAAAACGAAAGUUGAAGAAAAAAUUAUCGAGUCUCCCUUAGUGUUUGGAACAGAUCAAUCAACCCCCAAAUCAAGAUCUCCUGAUAGAGCUGAGAAAAUGGACACUAUAUUAGAGAUUCAUGCCCCUCUGGAUCCCAUGCCUACAGCUGUUGGAAAAGUGGACGAUGGUUUAGUUGCAGUUAGUUUGCUCGAUGACUUAGCAACUAAAGGGGACGAUACAUCGUCUUGUGUAGAAUACAAUCAGUAUUCUCCAUCAGUUACAAGUGCAGCUGCAUCUGAAGAUACCUGUGAGGAGCUGCCUUUGCUUCCCCCAUAUGUUGACUUAACUUCAGAACAGCAAACAACUGUAAGAAAUUUGGCAGCUGAAAAGAUAUUUGAUUCAUGCAAGAAUUUUAAUGGGGCAGACUGCCAUCAGAUACGCUUGGCAAUAAUUGCUCGAUUGGUUGCUCAGGUUGAUGCUGAUGAUGAUAUUGUUCGAAUGUUGGAAAAGCAAGUUGCUAUUGACUACCAACAACAAAAGGGGCAUGAGCUUGCGUUGCAUGUCUUAUAUCAUCUGCAUUCACUUAAUAUUCUGGAUUCAGUGGAAAGUUCUUCUUUUGCUGUGUACGAGAAGUUUCUUCUAGUUGUGGCUAAAUCGUUGCUAGAUGCUUUUCCAGCUUCGGACAAAUCUUUUAGUAGACUUCUUGGUGAAGUUCCAGUUUUGCCGGACUCUACCUUGGAACUAUUACAUAAACUUUGCUCUUGUGAUAUUACUGACAACCGAGGGAAGGAUACUCCUGAUAUUGAGCGUGUCACACAAGGCCUUGGCACUGUUUGGAAUUUGAUUGUGAAGCGUCCAUAUAGUCGGCAAGCUUGCUUAGAUAUUGCUCUGAAGUGUGCUAUGCAUUCGGAAGUUAAGGUUCGAGCAACAGCUAUUAGAUUGGUGGCAAACAAACUCUACCGCUUAAGUUACAUUUCAGAUAGGAUUGAGCAACAUGCAACAAACAUGUUCCUGUCUGCAGUAGACAACGUAGAUCAGACAGAUGUAGAGCCUUCACCAUGUGCAUCGAUUGAACAAAGAACUGGAGUAGAGGGUGAGAGUUUGGAAACGUCUGUUUGUGGUUCUCAAGUUUCAGAUCCGGGAACCUCAGAAAAUGAUUCACUGAGGAGUUCACAACCUACAGUUCAUGGCAAUUCAACCUUGUCACUUUCAGAAGCUGAAAGACAUAUUUCUCUUCUUUUUGCUCUAUGCGUGAAGAAUCCUUGUCUGCUUCGGUUUGUGUUCGAUGCUUAUGGACGGGCUCCCAGAGCAGUGAAAGAGGCUGUGCAUGAACAUAUCCCUAAUCUUAUUACGGCCCUAGGGUCAUCUGAUUCUGAAUUGCUAAGAAUAAUAUCAGAUCCACCUCCAGGAAGUGAACAGCUCUUAGCAUUGGUGCUACAGGUACUAACUCAAGAGACAGCACCUUCAUCUGAUCUGAUUGCAACAGUCAAACAUUUAUACGAAACUAAGCUGAAGGAUGUGACAAUUCUCAUUCCAAUGUUGUCCUCACUUUCCAAAAAUGAGGUUUUACCUGUUUUUCCUCGGCUGGUUGAUCUUCCGUUGGAGAAAUUUCAGAGAGCGUUGGCUUACAUAUUACAGGGUUCAGCACAUACACGCCCAGCUUUAACACCUGUUGAAGUUCUGAUUGCCAUCCACAACAUAAUUCCUGAAAGGGAUGGCCUUCCACUAAAGAAGAUAACAGAUGCUUGUUCGGCUUGUUUUGAGCAACGUACAGUUUUCACUCAGCAGGUUUUAGCAAAAGCCUUGAGCCAGAUGGUUGAACAAACUCCACUCCCUCUUCUCUUCAUGAGAACUGUGAUUCAGGCAAUUGAUGCUUUCCCUACUCUGGUUGAUUUUGUCAUGGAGAUACUUUCCAAGCUUGUAAACAGACAGGUCUGGAGGAUGCCAAAAUUAUGGUUUGGUUUUUUGAAAUGUGCAUUUCAAACACAGCCUCAUUCCUUCCGAGUACUAUUACAGUUACCACCGACACAACUUGAAAGUGCUUUGAAUAAAUAUGUUAACCUUAAAGGUCCGCUUGCUGCUUAUGCCAGCCAGCCCAGCACAAAAUCUACUCUCUCUAGACCGACACUCAUAGUUCUGGGUCUUGAAAACGAAAGGCAUUUGUAGCGGCUGGUCACAUCCUAUUCAUCUUGUAAAGUUAGGACGAAAAUCAUUUGUUCACAUUUCAACUCCGGAGUGGUAAAACAGCAAGCCUUGAGAACCUGAGUAUCGACUAAUCAGCUCUUUAGAGUAUGAGGCGAUUUAUCCUCCAUCAUGGUCCCGGUCAUCUUUAUCAAUCAUCCUGGGACAGUUUAACUAUAGUUUGUUGCAGACAUCAUUCAGUACAACGGGUGGGUGAACCCAGUGAUUGUGACCAUAGAUAACUCGAAAGAACACAAAUUUCAACCUGACUAACAGCCAUCCCCACAAAAUGAGGGGAAGGAAAUGCUGAUUCUGAGUAGGUGUACAUAAUCUGCAUUAAGGAGUUUGUAAGAAAUGUUGUUGAUGCCUUUUCUAUUAUUUUCCAUUUUGGUUGAUCCAAUUCUUUAAAGAUUUUUCACAUUUUGUUUAGUAGAUUCGUCUGUUCUAAUCUGGGUGGCUUUGUAUACGAACCUAUUGUAAUUUUGGUGAAGAUGGUUCCUCCCCAUGUAGUCAUGUACCAUACCCCUUCACUGUCCCAAUUUUUUUCUCCCAUUCCCACCCUUUUAGUUUGUAUGAUUUGCUUAGCCUUGAAAAAUGUGUUAAAUCGACUUGAUCGAUGGUUUGAAUUGAUAUAAAUGAUUGAUCACGGGAAUGUUAUCAAACGAGUUUCGAAAUAUUUUAUUA